AUGCCAAGCAAGAAUAAGAGCACGCAAAACGGCAGCAGGUUUCCGCCUCGGAUUCCGAAUCUCGUGGUCGCGCCGCUGCGUCAGAGGAACCUUUGCGAAGCCGGCAUAGAUGAACGAGAAGAACACGUACGAUGCGCCAAUUAUAUAGAAUUGCUUGAGGCGGAGCUCAGCCGGAAUAUCAAUAUCAUGGCUUCCCACAGGCACAAAGCUGGACAGCAAGUGAAAGUGCAACACACCGAUGAUCGCGUCAGCAUGGCCGGGAUGUCUAUGAAACACAGGAACACGCAGGUCGGUUUGGCGAGCGCGGAAAUGGUGCAUGACACUGAACCAGAUCACAAUGUGAAUUUGCACCAUUUGGAGAGCUUGCAGCAGGGGAAUGAUACUUGUGAGGUCCGAGAGAUCUGCGUGCCCGUCCCAUUCCUACCGCAAGACAACGCGGUUAUUAUUUGGCCGACCUGUAUUCAGAUCCCCCGCUGCAUCGGUUCCUGUUGUGAAAGCAGCGAAGGCUGCAAGUCCUCGUAUACGGUCCUCCAAAACUACACAGUAGCGUUGAUGAGAUACAUCGGUGGCGAUGACUUCAAAUACGACGGCGAUCAGGUGGUGGCCAUGGAGAAGCAUUUGGCCUGUAAUUGCCAUAAUUGUGACAACAAACAAUGCCACAACGUCAACAAAAUCGUCGAUGAACAGUGCAACUGUGUUUGCGAUGAAGCAAAACGGAUGAGUUGUAUGGGCACUUGGUAUGAAGCGGAUUGCUCCUGUAAAUGUGACGACACGGCUCUUUGUUCGGAUGAAACCCCCGAAGCCCCACGGAACCAGGUCCGGGGCCGUGAAUCGAUGAAAAAGGACCGGAGUGAACGGUACCAAUGGGAUAGCAUCGUCGAGAUUCGACGUGGCGAU